UUGAAUUUACAAACACCAGAACCACCAAAACCAACAGAUUUCGUCCGUCCGCCACAAGAAACCAAAUAUGUUCAGGAAAAGAAAUUUGAUCCUCAACAGAAAAAGGAGAGAAAGCAAGAAAAACCAAAGGAACCUCAACCAGAGAAACAGGAAAUUAUCGAAGAACCUAAAUUGGAGCAGAAAGUUCCUGUUCAGGAACCACAACCAACGGCUAACCAAGAAUACUUGUUUUUCGGAGAGCUUAAAGAAGAUGGAAAUAAUCUUCCAACAGUUAUUCCAACAGAUAUUACAAUUCCGCCACCAACAAGUAAUUUGGUACCAGUUUUGUGCUGGGUUCAAAUUCCACCAGGUGGAAUAAAGGAAAUCAUUGAUAAAGGCUACAAAUACGCCAAGUUUCCAACAACGAAAUAA